CCCUUCUAUGUCCCUUCGGUACACAACUGGCAUUCAAGUUCCACCGCCUCCGAGUCAGCGACUGUGGUUGACUGGUCUGCGGAGGCUGACAGUCACCGCGACACUCGUUAUAAGUACCUUCGCACCGUCUCCCUCCUCUGCCUCACAGCCUAUCUUCUUCGACCGCCUCCUCACCCCCUACACUCGUCACUCCAUUCACAGCAUGCCGCCCAAGACGCCCUCACUCUCGGUGCACAUCUCCUACCGACUCGACGGCAGCAAGGUCGCCUACAUGCGCAGCCGCGAGCACGACGUCUGCGAGUACUACCCUGAAUUUCUCGAACGCCACCUUCUGUACCUCCAGCUCCCCUCAAAGUGGAUGUACGACACGACGCUGCAGAGCCUGCCCGAGGGGAAGAUCCAGUGCAGGUGGUUGGCGGGCAUCGUGGACGACGACUCGGAGAUCGCCGGGCAGGUCGAGUUUCUCAACAACCCGGGUGCAGCUCAGCUGCUCAGACUCCUCGAGAUUUCCAAGAUCGAGCUCGCGCAGCCGUGAGUGGUCUUAUCCUCAUGCUUCUCCUGGCCCGCCAUCCCUGCUGGAUCGUGCCGGGUUCCACCCGCAUGCAUGCAUGUAUGCGGCCGUGUCCUUCGCCCGGUCUGGCACCAGGCAUCGGGCAGGGCUCUGUCUCGCUAUGGCGCUGCCCCAAAGACCGUCACCAUCCCGUUCCGAGUCCUAUCCGAGUUGAACACCUGCUCACCAACUCGCCCCACGUAGGACCCCAGCCACGCAAAGCCCCGUCGUCCAACCGUCCGACGUACCACAUCAGCCACGUUCCGA